CAAAGGUUCCUACAUUAUAUCAUCUUGCUGUUGUUUUGUCAUGUUAUUUAACUAACUCUUAGUGGCUGGUGACACUUUGUUGUGCUAGAAACAACAACAACGUUUAACUGUAGUUACCGCUGUAACUCACAAACAAGAUGAGACUGCCCUGGUGGACCCUCACAUUACACUCUGCACCAGUAAGAAGGACAUCCUCAGUUCCUGCUGGUAUGUCAAACUUUGUCCCCGCCUGCAGCACCACUGAUGCCCAGUCCGUGGACCAGCUGCAGGACUUUGUGUCCCGAGCCAGACGUCUGUUUGUCAUCAGUGGAGCUGGUCUCUCCACAGAGUCAGGCAUCCCUGAUUAUCGCUCAGAGGGUGUUGGACUGUAUGCCCGCACUGAUAGACGACCCAUGCAGCAUGCAGAGUUUGUCCGCAGCGCAAAGUCCCGUCAGCGCUACUGGGCCAGAAACUUUGUCGGGUGGCCACAGUUCUCCUCACAUCAGCCAAACUCUGCACACAAGGCCCUGCAACAGUGGGAGGAGAGUGGAAAGCUGCACUGGCUGGUCACACAAAAUGUGGAUGCACUUCACUCAAAGGCAGGACAGAAAAGAUUGACUGAGCUCCAUGGCUGUGCCCACAGGGUGAUGUGCCUAGGAUGUGGUGCCAUUUCAGCAAGGGAGGAGCUCCAGAGACGAUUCAUAUCAUUAAACCCAGACUGGAGAGCUCAGGCAGGUGCUGUGGCGCCAGACGGUGAUGUCUUCUUGGAGGACGAGCAGGUCCUGCAUUUCAGAGUUCCCUCCUGUGACGACUGUGGAGGAAUACUGAAGCCCGAGGUCACAUUUUUUGGAGACUCUGUGAUAAAAGGGACAGUACAGUUUGUGCACGACAGACUGGCAGAGUCGGAUGCGGUGCUAGUCGUGGGGUCCUCGUUACAGGUAUAUUCCGGAUACAGGUUCUUACUGGCAGCAAGUGACAGGAAAAUGCCAGUCGCUAUCCUGAACAUCGGGCCCACGAGAGCCGACCACCUGGCUGGGCUGAAAGUGAGCGGUCGCUGUGGUGAAGUGCUGUCAGUCAUUCAGCCCCUCUGACUGCCAUGGACAUCAAGUUUCAAUAUUCUGCAUUCAGCUGAUAACAAGGCUUUGCAAACUACCUCAGUUUUAACAAGGUAACAACAUAAUCACCUUCAGGAUGAUAUUCUCAGCAUUCUCAGAGCCACAAUCAUAUACACAUCUCUGACAGGAGUACUUGCUGCCAUGAUCGGUAUAGGGCAAAGGAUGACAUGUCUGCACUCACAUAUUGUUGCAGAACAACUGAAUGUUAAUAAUAUAAAUGUCCUUCAGUGAAGAAUGUGUGCCUGUCUCAGAAAUCCAACUUCUCUUGACACAACAAACUGGCUCUGUUCACUCACAGUACACUGAUGCUGCUUUUAUGUGAAGAAAUUCUACUGGCAAAUAAGCUUAAACUGACCCGUUUUUAUUAAGUUAAACUACGAGAAGUUUGUGGAAGUGCAAGUUGCUAUUUCACAAAGGCAUAAAAUUAUGUAGCAGGUUACGGUACAAUAGACGAGUAUCAAAUAAAUUGGAAACUAAUUCAAGACAUUGUACAAAAUAUACUGUAAUCAGAGGGUUUCAAAAGGGUUUAAUUUGUGUUAUCCAGGAAUUGAAUAUGAUCAUGUUUUUAUAUAAUGUGAUGCUGCGAUUGAUCAGCAUACAUUUUAAAUGCAUAAAAUAACAUAGUGAAGAGAAUGGACCUUUCAGUCAGGUUUUUAAACGUUAGACUACAAACAGUGUCCGUUCAACAAACUGUCAAGCAGUAGAUCUCGUUCUACCUAAAACUGAAGCAAACAUUUAUAUCUGAUAUGUCGUAACAGAAACCUGUUGUCUGUUUUAAAUAAAUUAUUUUAAAGCAGUACAGCACUUUACAUGUCAGGACAUCAUCUGUGUUAUUUGCCACACAGUUUUGCAGUUGCAGGCUGAAUCAAAUUAACUACAUCUUGCAGCUUUUAUGUCCUGAAACAUCAUAAUUUGUCAGUAUGAAAUAAAAAAUCACUGGUGGUCAUUUUAGCUAAUCAUCGGAUUUCUUUUUUAAAUUAAAAUGUCCCCUGACAUCAACAGGUUAGACAAGAGAUGAGAGAGACGAGAGGUGACAGGGAGUGAGGAGGAAUGACAUGCAGUGGUGGAAAGUAACUAAGUACAUUUACUCAGGUACUGUACUUAAGUACAAUCUUGAGGUAAUUGUACUUUACUUGAGUAUUUCCAUUUCCUACUACUUUAUACUAUACUACAUUUAGUCGACAGCCUUAGUUGCUAGUUUUAAAAAAUACAUAUAUGUGUGUGUGUAUAUACAGUGGCUCCACCUAGACCAGUUGAACCUGUGGGUGCAUCAGUACCAACAAUGUAACAGGCUCUUUUACUGCAGAUUGCUAAUUAUACUUUUGUACUUUCAGUUAAGUUGGAUUUUGAUUACAGGACUUUUUCUUGUAAUGUACACUGGUAAUGUAAUCUUUACAUUGUCAUAUUGGUACUUUUAUUUAAGUAAUUGAUCUGAUUACUUCUUCCACCACUGAUCACAUGCAACAAAGGUCACCAGCCAGAAUCGAACCGGGGGGACUUCACCAAUCGCAGUGAGGUGUGUUAUGCAUCGUAACCAACAGGUUUAACUGGCUGCUAUGACAAAAGUGUGUUAUUGCUACUUGUCAUGGGCCUUUUACUGUAUAGUGUUGGUUAAAAGAACCUUACAUCUGCUCUAUAUGCACUACAAAUAUUAUGUGGCAAUACAAGACUACAGGACACUUAAACCACAUUAAAUUUAACUGAUUUGUUGAUGAAACACAGUAAAACAAAAUUAUUUUUUUCAAUUCUUUCUGGCUGGAUUCCAUGUAGCAUUAUUUUAAAUAAGCUUUUUUGUAUUUAACUGUUCAGUGACUUUGGUCAUGUUUUCCUCAGUGGAGUGCUUGAAGGACAUUAUUCUACAUACCUGUACAUAAACAAAUACCUCUAUAUUAUCACUUUGAGGAAUGAUGAGUUUAUUUGUCCUUGAGGGUUUUUGAAAUGUUUUCAGUUA